CAAGGCGCACAGAAUUCCACGAGCUGUACCAGAGUGCGCGUCUCUGCUUCGGAGUAAGACAUUAUAGAUAAAACCACUGGAAUGAAUAGACUGGUUUGCCUGGUGCUACUUUCAAGCUUUUGGAUCUUUCCCGGUGAAGGAUACGACCCUUGCUGUACACAGCCUUGCCAAAACCAGGGUGUAUGUUUAUCCAAAGGCGCGGAUGCUUAUGAAUGUGACUGUACCAGGACAGGUUAUUAUGGUGAAAACUGCACUACACCUGAGCUUCUCACACGUAUCAGAUCAACUCUGAAACCAAGGCCAGACAUAGUGCAUUACAUUUUAACACAUUAUAAAUGGAUCUGGGACAUUAUCAACAACAUUUCUUACCUGAGAGAUGCCAUAAUGAGCUAUAUAUUGACAUCAAGGUCCUAUUUGGUCGACAGUCCACCGACGUACAAUGCAGAUUAUAACUACAAAAGCUGGGAAGCGUAUUCAAACCUGUCCUAUUACACCCGCACCCUCGCCCCAUUGCCCCAGAACUGCCCUACGCCUGAUCUCCCAAAUGCAAAGCAGGUGGUUGAGAAGGUGCUGUUGAGGAAACAGUUCAUCCCUGAUCCACAGAGGUCCAGUCUCAUGUUUGCUUUCUUCGCCCAGCAUUUCAGUCAUCAGUUCUUCAAGUCUGACUUUAAAAAAGGACCAGCCUUCACCAAAGCCUUGGGUCAUGGAGUGGACUUGGGGCAUAUUUAUGGAGAGACGCUGGAGAGACAACACAAACUUCGUCUAUUUAAAGAUGGAAAGCUAAAGUAUCAGGUUGUGGGUGGUGAGGUGUACCCUCCGCUGGUGAAAGAUGUCCAGGUGGAGAUGCACUAUCCUCCUCAUGUCCCGGAGGAACAUAAAUUUGCUGUGGGUCAUGAGGCCUUCGGUCUGGUUCCAGGUUUGAUGAUGUAUGCAACCAUUUGGCUCCGUGAACACAACCGUGUAUGUGUUAUCAUGAAGCAAGAGCAUCCCGACUGGGAUGACGAAAGAAUCUUCCAAACCACUCGUCUCAUCCUGAUUGGUGAGACCAUCAAAAUCGUGAUUGAGGACUACGUUCAGCAUUUGAGUGGCUACAACUUCAAGCUCAAGUUUGACCCAGAGCUUCUCUUCAAUCAACGCUUCCAGUACCAGAACCGCAUUGCUUCCGAAUUCAACACUCUGUAUCACUGGCACCCGCUGAUGCCCGACAACUUUCAGAUCCAGGAUCAGGUCUACGGCCACCACCAGUUUGUGUUUAACAACUCUAUAGUGACCGAACACGGCAUCCGAAACUUGGUGGAGUCUUUCACCAAACAGACGGCUGGAAGGGUAGCUGGUGGACGCAACCUGCCGGCUUCAGUUCAGGGAGUUGCUGUUAAAGCUCUGGAGCAUUCAAGACAGAUGCGCUACCAGUCUUUCAAUGCCUACAGGAAACGCUUCAACAUGAAGCCCUACUCGUCCUUUGAGGAGAUGACGGGAGACAAGGAGCUGGCAGACGAACUGAAGAAGCUGUACGGUCACAUAGAUGCGGUUGAGCUGUAUCCUGGCCUUCUUGUGGAGAAACCCAGACCCAACGCUGUAUUUGGGGAGACGAUUGUGGAGAUGGGAGCCCCCUACUCUCUCAAAGGCCUCAUGGGAAAUGCUAUUUGUUCUCCUGAAUACUGGAUGCCCAGCACAUUUGGUGGGAAAGUUGGAUUUGACAUUGUUAACACAGCCUCACUCAAGAAGCUGGUGUGCUUGAAUAUCAAUGGACCCUGUCCGAUGGUGUCCUUUCAGGUGCCUGAUGUGAAAUUUCAGAGUUCUGAAAAGGUGAAUUCAAGCUCAGUGCACUCCACAGAAAAUAAUAUUAAUCCAACGAUUGUCUUGAACGAGCGGAGUUCAGAGCUUUAAAGAUUUUGAAGGUCUCAUUACUUUCACCAUGAUACAUGAUGUUAUAUUUUAAAUUGAUAUUUAUUUGUUAAUUUAUUUAUAUUAAUAAUUUAUUUCAAUGAUGUAUUUAUUGCUGAUUUUUCGUAUUGUUAUUGACAUGCUACAAGCGUUGUAAUGUUAUUUUUACACAUACUUGAAAAAAGAUAUCACGAGGUGGUGUUCUCAUAUGCUUUUGUGUUACAAGUGUGGAUUUUU